GGCUGGGGACCUCUGGUAGGCAUGGAAUGUUUCACUCUUGUUAAUGACUUCAGAAAACUGCCUGCCAAGUAUGGAUUAACAAGCGGCCACGUAAUUACAACCCUGUGGGAAGCAACAGCGCUGCCUGGUUACAGGGACUGCUUUGGGGCAGCGCGGCGCAUCUCCCCUGUGCAAUGGCUUUCACGGCUGGGCACCUUCCCUGCAGCCACGGUGGCCUCCUGGGAGCGCUGCCCCUCCGUCCCCCCACGUGCACAAGGUGAGCAGAUCCUGCUGCACCCGGGCCACGGCAGGAGCCUCGCUGCCUUCUUACCAGCAACAGCCACUGCAGCCAUCAGCCCUUGAGGAGCAAGAGAAAGGGAGGUUGGGAGGGGACCAGAACACACAGCAAAUCCUAUGUGUGGGGCCACACCAAAGCCCUCCUCCAGAGGGGCCAAACUGAGCCAGGGUCCCACCUGGGGAGAGGGGCUUCCCCUGGGGACAGCGCUAGAAAAGCACGGUCCAUGGGGGCUGUUUCCAUCGCUCGUGCCCAUCCUCCUGCGUCGUCGGGGCUGUGUGCGUGGGGUGGGUCUGCACAGAGGCCAGGACAAGCCCUGGGAGCGGGAGCGCACUAAAUCCCGGCAGAGGCUGCCGUGGAGUAGUCACGGGGCUGGUGGAGUGCCUGUCACCAACAACGGGCUUGGCACAUCCACCCGGGGUCCUUUGGCAUGACCGGCCGCACUCCAGAGCAGGGAGAAAAAUGAGGCAGAUGAUCGCGAUUCCUGCCCCUCUGUGAGCACAAGCGUCUCCAGGCUGAUGCCAGUACCUGCCCCACCCCACUGCCAGCGUCACGAAUGUCCCCAAGCCAGGGUUCCCAUCUGUGUCAUGGAGACCUGGCCUGGAGUCACCGUAGGUGCAGCAGGUGUGGGCGCAGAAUGAAUGCAGGAGCCACUGCCUGUUGCCUAUAGUCAGCAUGGGAGAGUAGGUGUGCAGCUCCCUGCCUGCUCUGCCGUGCCCAGCGAGGGGAGAGGAAUGGACAGGGUGUGAUCGUAUUUCCACACUGACAGAAUGAGACAUGAGGAAAUGCAAGAGCUGCUUGCUAUCUGGAAGACAGACACUGAAAAAAUAACGUGGGAAACUCCAAGGGUUGGUGUUUUCUGUGGUGAUACAGCUAAAGCAAUUGGUGAUAGCUUGGGAGUCCAGCUCUGCUCAGACACAAAAAAUAUUCUUUUGUCUAGGGUAAAACACGCACUGAUUUGUGGUCCGUCUGUCCUCCCUUUGCCAGCUGGAACGACUCUGGGCAUGCCUCUGACUGCAGCUCAGGGAGAUUCACAGGGAGAGCCUUGGUCCUGCACCCGCUGCAGGGCAGCUCGCCCUGGGGCUCCAGACCAGGGACUCCCCAUCUCUGGUCCAUGGCUCUGCAUAUCGUUACUGGCCUGAGCCCGAGCUGGAGCACACACACCAGGAUGUCACCAGAAAGCCCUUUUCAGGGAAAGAGGGAGCCGAGCUGCUCACAGCACUGAGCUCGCUGGAAUGGGUUCCUCGUCCCCAAGCAGGAGCAGAAGGGCUGAGCCAGUUCUUGGAGACAAAACUGGUUGUGAUCAAAAGCAUUCAGUAUCUUUAUUGCUAAAACAUGCCAGCAGAAAAGCAAUGCUCAGCCAGCCUUCGGUUGGGUGAGCUGACAGCACGAUGGGUGGUCACAGCCCUUGGGUGGCUCCGAGGAUGAAUAACUGCAGCAGGACCUGGGGGAAGAGCUUGAACCGUCUGUUGACAGCCCGUCUGUGAUCCCUGUAGUGAAGCAGAGAUAACCGCAUCGCUCCGCACUGCCCAGCUGAGCAACGGAGCGUGUGAACUGGCAGCGUUCGCAGCACUGAUUCACUGGGAAUCACUCCCGUAAGGGGAUCGCCUUGGCACACACUGUGCCGAAACGGGCAGAGCGGGUCUCAGGCCGGGGAGCAGGUCUGUGCUCCAGCAAGGUGCUCACUGGUGGAGACGGCUUGUGAAGCACCGAAUGACACAGGGCCAGGACCUCGCCUGAUGCUCUGCGAACAGCUUGGCGCACGGGCCAACACGGAGGAGCAUCAUCCUUGUUCACAUUCACUGAGAGGAGAAAAAGCCUCCCGAGAGCCCAGUGCGCCCUGACACGGCGCUGCCGGUCGAAGCAGAGCAAGGUCUGGCUUCACCGUUGGCAGGAGCCAGUUCGGAGCCCAGAGAAGGACAGUGCAGAGUCACCCCCCUUGUCUUCCCUCCAGUCAGUCCUCACCUUGCUGGCUCCACUACCACCUCCUCCGCUUCUACAGCUAAAGGGGACGAGGCCGUGCUGCCCGUCUCCCCUCCAUCCUGCAGGCAGCACAGCAGGCAGCAGGGGAUCAAACGGGGUGAGCAUCACGCAGCACCCUGCAGCUCGGGCCAGCCUUGGCUCCGCUCCGCUGGCGGGCUGAUGGCUAAACGCCCUGAGCCUGCCCGGAGGGGAGUUUCCAUUGCACACACACCAUCAAGUUUCCUUUCAUGGUAACAGAUCUAGGAUUGCUUUUUUCCAGAUAAUGUGGGGGGGGCUGUCAGGACAUGUCCUAGCAGAUGAUGAAGAAUUAGCAGCUGAGAUAGAAACAGAGACAGCAUAUUUCACUCCACACCUUGAUAUAUUUGUUACCCAUUUUGGUGUUGUUCAAACUUACAGAGAAAACCUGUUGGCAAGGGUAAAGCCUGUGCCUGCCAUUCCUUCCAUGCAGGAGACAUCUUUCCCAGGGCUGGAUCCUUCAGCUGGUUUCUACUGAGCUGCGAAUUGCUGUGAAAGGCACUUGGGAGAAGCUGGCCCACAGGGGAAACCCAAUGACUCCUAAUUAGUUCUUAUUCAUGGCUUUAAAAGCACAAUUAAGUGCUAUUGUUUGAGGCAAAUGCAACUCACUGACCCUGGCCUUUUCACACCAGCCCUUACCACAGUGGGUUACUGUGUGCACUGCUUGUCCACUCCUAACCCAUAAUUUCACCUCCCUUCCUAUGCGAACCGGAGGAGUUCAGUUCUGCCUUUCCCCCUGCAGCACACCUGAGGGAGAGAUAGCAUCUACGGCAUGCUUCUUGCUGGAACAGACUCCGAUACCAUCUCCUGAACAUUAUGACGUGGUUUUUUUUUUUUUCUUUUUUCUAUCUCAAGGGAAUUUAUUGUGGGUGAGUGUUUCAGGAGAGCCUGGGAGAUUGAAUUCUGGUAACAUGAAAUAGCCGAAGUGGUGCACGUUCCUCUGUAUAAUCACGCUCUGCCGACAGAACUUGGUGCUAAGGGUUUCUCUUGUAAGAGCGGGGCUGGUUUGGGGCAGCUGACUGGCAAGAACGUUGAUCAGAAUAGACCAGAAAAAGUUGAUAUUGCAGGACGAUCUCCAGAUCUCCUCUUAGGCUCCUGUGCCAGCUGUAAUAAAAGAGCUGAAAAAUGGACCGAGGUGGUGAUAAUACAGAACAAGGAGCCCUAAACCCAGGUAUUUCCUGCCUGUGGGGCUGUGGCAGGGCUUUGCUUCGUCUCAUGGCAGUUGUCACCUUCAGACUGACUCCUAACUUGGCCUAAAAUGUGGGGGUGACCUGAGCGGGGGGACAGAGCUCACAGUAGAGUUUUUGGGCCAUGUGAGGGGCCCAUGUGGAGUGGGAGGGUGUUUGCUAGAGCAACCGUGAGCAAAGCGAGCGCAUCUGGAAGAACGCAGAGCAAGGGUGGCCAAGGAAUGGCACUUAAGCGCAGCUCCCACACGACAGCUGUUGGGUAAUCCCGUACCCCCCACUGCGGAGGGAAGCGGGCCAGCGGGAACACUGAUCUUCACCCUGCCAGGUUGCCCCAGGACUUUGCUGCAAGCUGAGCACCAUCAUCUGCACGCCCUGCCAUUUGCCAGCGGUGGGUCGUUCCCAGGUCCCCUCCUUUCCCCCAGCUCUCUGAGGGACGGGGCAUGCGUGCAUCCCAAAUCCCCAGAUGUUGCAGCUUGGGGAGUCAAAAACCCAAAUCUGAAGCCAAUCAGUUCUGAGGCAGUGCUACCCUCCGCUAAGAGGAUCUGGAAUCUGUUUCUGGUUAAGCUGCUUCCUCGGUGGCCGCCCAGAAAAAUCACCCCACCUCUCCUGCCAGCUGCUAAAGAAAGAGAACGUGACUCCCUAUUAAACCCUUGAGAUCUAACAGCGAUGCAGAUAAAGCGUUGUUGUUAUUGUGUCCUUCAGGGAACAGAUGAAAGAAAGGAGGCACUAUGAAUUACCAAGGGUGAGGCUCUGGGAACAUUUUAGCAACUCCAAAAUCACUUAAGUGCAUUAGAAUGUGAAAACAGCCAGAGGGGCCCCGGGAAGGAAGGAGAUCACCAGAAGAGAGAAAGCACAAAAGGGUUCCUAAUCCCUAUAACUCUCUUUCACUACCUCGCAGGCACCUCUGCUAAAAGAAAAAAUAACUUCUCUUAUCCGAGAAUGACAUCGCUGGAGCCAGGCAGGCCGGCAGGUUGGGUGUGCGAUUUUCCACUGUACACUGUAAGACCUGGCGCCACAUCAGUAGAGGGAUUUUUUUUUUUGUUUUCCCAACAAAGAAUAAAACAGUGUAGUGUCUCCCUUCCUGGUUCUCUGCUGCUCUUUUCACGCUAAUACCUGUCCAGCUGCAUUACUAUAAUCACUGUGCUCAAUCCCUUAAUAGCACGGCGCAGGCGUGGCUAUCGGGGUGGCUGCAUUGCCUCAUCCCUGGGCAUCCCUCCUGCGGUGUCCUGUCUAAACCCUCUGCUUCGCAGGUGGUCGCGGUGUUCUUGCUCCUCGCUGCUGCGUGCGUCGCACUUCGCCCAUCCGUCCUUUUGAUACAGGUGCUGCUGAGUUACGUUAGCAUCGUGUCUUCAGCUGCAAAUGUGUAGGGAAAAGCCUGUCUGCAGGCAGGCCGAAGCACUGGUCAGGGCUGAUCCUGCUCUUCCCACGAGAAAUUGCACAUAACGUGUCUUGGCAGUGGGUAUCUAAUGCAGCUUCAAAUUCUUUUUCUCUGAUUUAGACUAUUUAAGCAUGAAACCCUGCCUCAGCAAUGAGAUAGAAGAAAUUGCGGCACCAAAGUUUUUAGCUUCUGCAAAUCUUUUGGAAGUCAGAGGCUGCUUCUGUGGAGUUUGUGAAAGGUGAUGCAGCAAAGCAGGCGCCACUGGGAAACAUCAGGCGUCUGCCUUUUAAACUGACCAAAAGUCCACGUCUGUAGGGACUUUCCAGUCUCUGUAUACCAGUGCGUAAGAAGAAACUACUGGAGUUUCUUCUCUUUUGAGCUCCAAGAUUUCUGCCAAAUACGGUAUCAGUAUACAGAUACUGCCAGGUCUGUGCUUGUCCUGGGAUAGAGGUCCUGACGGGAAAAUUUCCAUCUGGCUUUGGGUUGGCCCAUAUAAAGAUUAUGGAUGUGCAGAGCUCUUAAGUCAGCAGCUUUCGUUGCCUUUAGACUGUUUUAAAAAGCAAAUAAAUAGAUUUGUAGAUUUUUAAUGAUCUAGCAACUUGGCAUAUCACAGAGGAUUCACUUGUGUUACUUCAUGAAGGAGUAGCGGGGUGGAGCUGGAGCGAGCACCACUGCGUCUCAGGUGCAACAGAGAAAUGCUAAAACGUAGCCGUGAGCAAGGAGCCUUCGGUCUGAAUCAUGCCGGGUGCUGGGAACUACAGCGGAAGGAGCAGAUCCUGUGUGCGCCGUAGUGCAUGUGACAAAAGACAUGAAAUUGGGGAGAGAAAAAUGAUGAUUCUGAAAUUUGGCUCUGGCUGUCAGAGGUGAUGAAAAGCGCCGGCAACGCCUCCUGCCCCAGCUAUAAAGGGCUCCAAGCCAGGGGGAAGCGAGCACUCGCUGUCUGCGCUGCCGAGCCGGGUGUCUCUCUCCAGCCCUCCGCCAGCCUUCGCCAUGAGCACCACUGUCAGGCAAUACUCCUCCUCCACCUCCCUCAAGGGCUUCGGUGGCCUGGGGGGAGGCUCCAGCAGGCUUUCCUCCAUGCGUGCUGGGGGAGGAGGCUACAGAGCCCCCAGCGUCCACGGAGGCUCUGGCAGCUACUCCGUCUCUUCCCGCAUUGUCUCGGGGCUCGGAAGUGGCUACGGGGGCAGCUACUGCAGCAGCGUAGGAGGGGGCCUCGGCAGUGGCUUUGGGGGUAGCUAUGGGGCUGGCUUUGGGGCUGGCUUCGGAGGUGGCUUUGGAGGCGGCUUUGGAGGCGGCUUUGGAGGCAGCGAUGGCAUCCUUCCGGCUGGCGAAAAGGAGACGAUGCAGAACCUCAACGACCGCCUGGCCGCCUACCUGGACAAAGUGCGUGCGCUGGAGGAGGCCAACACUGACCUGGAGGUCAAGAUCAGGGAAUGGUACAAGAAGCAGGGACCUGGUCCAGACCGUGACUACAGCCCCUACUACAGGACGAUCGAGGAGCUCAGGAACAAGGUCCUGGUGGCCACCGUUGACAAUGCCAACCUCCUUCUGCAGAUUGACAAUGCCAGGCUGACAGCUGAUGACUUCAGGACCAAGUUUGAGACGGAGCAGGCUCUGCGCCUGAGCGUGGAGGCCGACAUCAACGGCCUGCGCAGGGUCCUGGAUGAGCUGACCCUGGCCAGAGCAGACCUGGAGAUGCAGAUCGAGAACCUGAAGGAGGAGCUGGCUUAUCUGAAGAAGAACCACGAGGAGGAAAUGAAUGCCCUGCGCGGGCAGGUGGGUGGAGAGAUCAGCGUGGAGAUGGAUGCUGCUCCUGGAAUCGACCUCACCAAGAUCCUGGCUGAGAUGAGGGAGCAGUACGAGAGCCUGGCAGACAAGAACCGCAGGGACGCCGAGCAGUGGUUCUUCAGCAAGACAGAAGAGCUGAACCGGGAGGUGGCCAUCAACACCGAGCAGCUUCAGAGCGGCAAGACGGAGAUCACAGAGCUGCGACGCACCAUCCAGAGCCUGGAGAUUGACCUGCAGUCCCAGCUCAGCACGAAAGCGGCGUUGGAGGGCACCUUGGCUGACACAGAAGCCCGCUACGGCACCCAGCUGGCCCAGCUCCAGGGGCUGAUCACCAGCGUGGAGGAGCAGCUGGCCGAGCUGCGGUGCGACAUGGAGCGCCAGAACCACGAGUACAGGGUCCUCCUGGAUGUCAAGUGCCGCCUGGAGCAGGAGAUCGCCACGUACCGCCGGCUCCUGGAGGGCGAGGACGCGCACAUGUCCUCCCACUACAUCUCGCAGCCUGUGAAAGAAGCACCCAUCACUACCCGUCAAAUCCGCACAAUCUUUGAGGAAGUCCAGGAUGGGAAGGUGAUUUCCUCCCGUGAGCAGAUCACGCAGUCUGCCCACUAAGGCGGCUGCCUGGUUUGCCGCAAACCUCGCAUAGCAAAGCAAAAGAAGAUUCCAGCUUAUGUGCUCUGGCUACGUAGAUCACGAAAAGCAUCUUCUCUUUUUAUCACACCCCUACUUCCCUCACCCUCUCUCUGAGCGCUGUGCCGCGCUCAGAAAUCAAAUAAAGCUUUUCUUCACA